AUGAUCAAAUCUCCCAUUUCUUCCUUAUUGAUGAUCAAAUCUCCCAUUUCUUCCUUGUUGAUGAUCAAAUCUCCCAUUUCUUCCUUGUUGAUGAUCAUAUCUCCCAUUUCUUCCUUGUUAAUGAUCAAAUCUCCCAUUUCUUCCUUGUUGAUGAUCAAAUCUCCCAUUUCUUCCUUGUUGAUGAUCAAAUCUCCCAUUUCUUCCUUGUUGAUGAUCAAAAUCUCCCAUUUCUUUCUUGUUGAUGAUCAUAUCUCCCAUUUCUUCCUUGUUGAUGAUCAAACCUCCCAUUUCUUCCUUGUUGAUGAUCAAAUCUCCCAUUUCUUUCUUGUUGAUGAUCAAAAUCUCCCAUUUCUUUCUUGUUGA